GUCAUGUCCUUCCAUCUCGACAAUGUCUUCAUCUACAGAGAUCAGAUUCGCGAAAACGUCCUUGUGAAGCAGUAUUACUGCGACAUCGACAUUGCGCAUCUCAUCUCCUACGACGAGGAGCUCGCACACAACCUCACGACCGACCCAGCCGAAAUCAUACCCUUAUUCGAAGCAGCCCUAAAAACAUGCACACAACAGAUCGUCUACCCCUCUCAAAGGAACAUCAAGCUCCCACAACACCAACUCCUCCUCCACUCAGCCGCCUCUGAACUCUCCAUUCGCGACCUCAAUGCUAACAAUGUCUCACAUCUUGUUCGCAUUCCUGGGAUCGUUAUUGGCGCUUCAACUCUUUCCUCCAAAUCUACGGCGCUUGCGAUUCAGUGCCGAAACUGCCAACAUGAGGAAGUCUUGCCUGUGUCUGGCGGAUUCUCGGGCGUUUCCCUCCCUCGAACAUGUGGAAGAGUCAGGACGGAGGGCGACAAUGCGGACAAGUGCCCACUGGACCCAUAUUACGUUAUGCAUGAGAAAUGCCAAUUCAUCGACCAACAGGUCCUCAAGCUGCAGGAAGCGCCAGACCAGGUCCCCGUCGGCGAAUUGCCGCGUCAUAUUAUGAUCUCAGCGGAUCGAUAUCUCACCAAUCGUGUCGUUCCUGGAUCGCGAUGCACCGUUAUGGGUGUAUUUUCCAUUUACCAGCAGAAAGGGUCCAAGAGGUCUCAGAACGCCGCAGUCGCUAUCCGAAACCCGUACAUUCGGGCAGUCGGUAUUCACGCCGAGGUCGACCACACAAUGAAAGGCAAUGCUAUCUUUACGGAAGAAGAAGAGCAGGAGUUCUUGGAACUCAGCAGGAGGCCCGACCUGUACGAGACGUUUGCUAACUGUAUUGCGCCCUCGAUCUAUGGAAACAAGGAUAUCAAGAAAGCAAUCGCAUGUCUAUUGAUGGGUGGUUCUAAGAAAAUCCUGCCUGAUGGAAUGAAGCUCCGCGGAGACAUCAAUGUGCUCCUGCUCGGAGAUCCUGGUACUGCGAAGUCCCAGCUUCUUAAGUUCGUCGAGAAAGUCUCCCCGAUCGCCAUCUACACGUCUGGAAAAGGAUCAUCAGCAGCCGGUCUUACAGCCUCUGUGCAGCGCGAUCAUACCACACGCGAAUUCUAUCUCGAGGGUGGAGCCAUGGUUCUCGCAGAUGGCGGAGUGGUUUGUAUCGACGAAUUCGACAAGAUGCGAGACGAAGACCGCGUCGCUAUCCACGAAGCCAUGGAACAGCAAACCAUCUCCAUCGCGAAAGCAGGCAUCACUACGAUUCUCAACUCCCGAACUUCCGUCCUAGCAGCCGCAAAUCCGAUCUUUGGUCGCUAUGACGAUAUGAAGACCCCUGGAGAGAACAUCGACUUCCAGACUACCAUCCUGUCCCGUUUCGACAUGAUCUUCAUCGUGCGAGACGAGCAUGAUCGUGGCCGUGAUGAGCGUAUCGCCAAGCACGUUAUGGGCAUUGCUAUGGGAGGACGGGGGGUGGAAGAACAAGUCCAAGCCGAAAUAUCCAUCGAGAAAAUGAAGCGCUACAUCACGUACUGCCGGCAGAGAUGCGCCCCUCGUCUCGCGCCUGAAGCUGCUGAAAAGCUCUCUUCACACUUCGUCUCUAUUCGUCGACAAGUUCAUGCUUCAGAAAUGAACGCCAAUGCCCGAUCUUCUAUUCCCAUCACUGUUCGUCAACUAGAAGCUAUCAUUCGUAUCACUGAAUCCCUCGCAAAACUCUCUCUUUCUCCUGUAGCGGACGAAUCACAUGUCGAUGAAGCAAUUCGCCUCUUCCUUGCUUCGACUAUGGAUGCAGUGAACCAGGGCGGAGGCCAGAACUCAAAAGAACUUAUGGAGGAGGUCAAUAAGGUCGAAGAAGAGUUGCGUCGUAGGAUGCCGAUCGGAUGGCAGGUCAAUUUAUCGACGCUGAAGAGGGAGAUGGUGGAUGGAAAGGGGUAUAGUGAGCAGGCGUUGAGUAGAGCGUUGCAUGUCAUGGCCGCGAGAGAGACGAUUAGGUGGAGGCAUGGCGGAAGUGUGGUAUUUAGGAGUAGUGUAUGAUGAUCUAGGAGAUUUGUGAAUGAACGGUGGGGAUUUUGUGAAGGCGUUCGGUGUUUGUUUUUGGUUUGGUGCAUUUGGUGGAGGACUGGGGGUUAGAGGAGGCAGGCAGGGCAUGGCCCCUGGCAACCGGAGCAUUGUGGCAGUCAUUGGAUUCACGUAAGCUAUGUCAUG